AUCUACUGUACGACUACUGAGUAUCUACCUACACCUGCCGCCACCAAUGUAAGCGUCGGAAAGUUAGCGACGCAAACACAGCUGGUGGCGUGAGGACUUCCAAUUACAAGUUCCACCGCUCAGCCAGCACGCCCAUGCGGUACUCGGCUACGCGCCUCACAAGUUUAGCCAGAUCCUUAUGCAAAGCAAAUUUGUCCUGGAGCAUCUCCCGCAUCGUUCAGCCUCCGAGAAUGGAAGAAACAAAGAAUGAGAAAAUUCUUCUGGUCUUUGAUUUUGACCACACACUAAUUGACAACAACUGUGACACCUAUAUAUACAAGCUUGCCCCUGGUGGAAAAAUUCCUGAUAGUUUGAAGUCAUUAUAUCGAAAGGAUGGAUGGACACAUUAUAUGGCAGAAAUAUUCAAGUAUUUGCAUGAAAAUGGUAUCUCCAAGGAAGAUAUAUUCAAGUGUUUAAGUGAAAUUCAGCUGACAAAUGGAAUGGAAAAACUAUUAAAUAGUGUGCCCAAAGGAAACAGCGAAUGCAUAAUUAUAUCAGAUGCUAAUUCUGUUUUCAUUGAUCAUAUCCUGAAUAAUUUUGGUGUGCAGCACCAUUUCAGAGAAGUUUUUACAAACCCAGCCAAAUUCAAUGAUGAAGGUUGUCUUACCAUAGAAAUGUAUCACCUUCAAAACUGGUGUACAUUGAGCACAAAAAAUCUGUGUAAGGGACACAUUUUAGCCAACUAUAUAAAAUUACGGGAAAAAGAAAAUGUAACCUUUUCAAGUAUUGGAUAUGUGGGUGAUGGUGUGAAUGACUUUUGCCCAAGCCUGAGACUGCAAGAAUGUGACCUGGUAUUUCCUCGGCGUGGGUACAGUUUGAUGCAGCAUAUUCCAAAAAUGGAGACUGAACAAAAUCUUAAAAUAAAAGCUGAUAUCUGUCCGUGGGAGGUAGGCAAAGACAUCCUGGAUGGAAUAUUGUCACGUUUUGAUAACCUUGGGUCCACAAAGCCUCCUGUGCCAAGGCUUUGCAUUCCUUUUGACGAUUCAUAAGUGAAUUGCUGCUUAUGUUUAGGAAUUUUGUAGAUUGAUUAAGAAAGGGGUAUUUUGUUUAUUUUCCUACGACAUGCUCUGACUCUUGUUGUAGUUACACAAUACAUGUGUAUGAACUUUACAUAUCUCAUCUGCCCACCUUCCCACAACCUCUAAGGACUGUUAACACUUAUUUGAUUUCAGUGUUAUGUGAUGACAUCCACAAUAUCUACUUAACUGUUGUAUGUUCUGCUAUAAUUGCUUUCCGUUUUCUACUGUUGGUUUCACCAUCUAAAGGCACUACUUAAGACCAUCUUUACUCUACUUCACUUAUUCUCUCAUCUCUUGUUCUAUUUCAUGCUUAGAAUGUAUGUAGGUUUUUGGUCUUGACUUACUGUUCAGGUACAUAUCUAUAAGCUGCUACUAUUACUGUAAUUCUCCUACCUUGUUGUACCAAUAUUAUUUUGAUGCUCAUUACUUUUUCUUUAGUUUUAUUGUUCUAUAGUUCCCCUCUUCAUCUACUUUUGUGCAUAGCUUUGUGCCUGAAUUGGAUGUAUUAUAGUAUUGUAAGUUUUCCUAACUUUUCUUUUGUCAACCUACUGUUACCUUCACCAUUUUAUGUCUUCCUUCUUCUUCAAUAAUUAUGUCCAUUAUACUUUAAUGGAAUAUAGCUUUAACUUUCCAAAGCAUUACACUCAACAAUUUUUAAUAUAUCAAGCUGCAUUCAACAAGCUGAUGCCAAUGAAAUUACUAUAUUAAUUAGCAGCUUCCUUUACUUUGUAACCUGAAGAAAGUUCCUUUUCCUUAGUUUUGAGAUAUCAUCUUUUAUUUUACUACUUUGUUUUACUUUCAAUCUGUAAGCAGGCAAUUAACUAAGUUUUUAAUUCAUCCACUCCACUUCUCUUGACUUUUGUUCAGCUUUCAUCCAUUACUGUGGCUGCAAAGAAAUCAUUAUGCUAUAUAUGAAAAAAAAAAAAAAAAUCUAAUGCUGGUCAGUUUUUUUUUCUUUUUUUUUUAUUAUUUUUCACUUGAAUGUCAUCUUUAUUGUUUCUUUUGAGAAACAUAAGUAAGGUUCUUUUUUUAAUGAUAUUUUCAAAAUGAAUAACAUUACUAUUUUUACUCAAUAUAUUAAGUGAAAAUGAAAUAGGGGUUAUUGCUUUCUACAUUAAUCUUAAUUAUCACAAAGGAAAGUGUAAUUCAGCUGAGUAUACUAUUUUUUUUAAAUAUGUAUAAAAUUAUGUACUUAAAGAGUGAUGCUUAAACAUUAAUAUCCCAUUCCUAAACUUACCCAUAGUAAUGUCUUUAGGAACUCAUACUAUUUCCUGGCUCAUACUCUGAGGUGAUGAACAGACUGGGUUAUGAAAGGCAAAUUUCACUGCCUGGAUGAAAUAGCCUUUGUCACAUAGGGAUAACUUGCCAAACUGUAAGGUUACCAGUAUAUGUAACUUAUUUAUUCAAUCUGCUGUAUCUAGUUGUUUCAGCUGUGGUCUCCUCACUUACAGUUGAGCUUCCAUUUCAGAAUGUUGACAUGCUUCACACAUCAUGUUAAGUAUAAUGUAUAUAUGUAGUACUUAUUGUACAGAGGUUUCAGUUUGAAUUUGUCAUGUCUGGAAGUUUUUUUUUUUUUUUUUUUUUUUUUUUUUUUUUUUUUUUUUCCCUAUAAUCACCAUGGAAAAUAGCUAGCAUAGUUAUCUCUAUUGUUAUUUAUUUAGGAAUAAACUGUGUGUCAUGUCACAUAUCAGGAGUUGUUAUAACUAUAUCAUUUUUAUAUCUACAAUCCUAAACUAUAAUUAAAAAACAUGUUAUCAUUUAAAAUAUGGUCCAUAUAUCCCUCUAAUUCUAUAACCUUGUAAUCCUGUCACUAGUUUUUGAGGUAGUAUGUGGUCAUAGUGAUAUCUCUUGGUUAUCUUAUCACUUAAAUUAUUAUCUUAUUAUGGUAGGAUUGAUAUGGUCAAACAUGACAGUGUACCUUUAAAUGGUUGGCUCUUUAUUGUAAAAAACUAAUUGAAAUAAUUACUGCUAUAUAUAAAAAGUGAAAACUUACAUAUAAGCAUUGUAGUGACUUAAAUAUUCUUCAUGUAGUGGAACUGAUUAAUUGACAAAAGUUUUCUUCUUGAUAAACUGGAUAUUAUAUUGUUCUGAAAGCUAUCUUUGGUACAAAUAUGAUACUUAAUAAAGAAGUGGCAAAAUUUGAA